UUGCCAGAAAGACGAAUACGAAUGCGAAUGCUCACACAAUAACACACACUUUGGUGGAUCAAUUCUUCUGGUACCUAAUGCAAGAAUGGAAAGUGGAGUUCCAGGGCAGGUCCCACUUUUCGCAAAGUAAAGGAAGGACAAUAUCUCUUUUCAAGUCGCUGUGAAUAUUGGAUUGGAUUGGAUCAAUUGUUCUGUCAUUUUUGUUCCAGAUUCUAUGCUCUUGCUGCCGACCUCUACCCUUCCAAUUUGUCUAUAAAUCCAUCUCCAUUCUACCUUUCACUGCAAGAAUUUCCCAAGUCAGCUACAAGAUCAGUAACACCAAGUUCAGAAAUUAGCAUACUCUAGUUUCACAUUCCAGGGAGCAAAAGAUUGGAUAUCAAGAGAAAUAAAUCUUUCAGACAGAUGAUGUACCAUCACCACCAACAUCAGGGAAAGAACAUCCACUCUUCUUCAAGAAUGUCUAUUCCUCCUGAAAGACACUUGUUCUUGCAAGGUGGGAACGGCCCUGGAGAUUCAGGACUUGUCCUGUCAACCGAUGCCAAGCCGAGACUGAAAUGGACACCAGAUCUUCAUGAAAGGUUCAUAGAAGCUGUCAAUCAACUUGGAGGAGCAGACAAGGCUACUCCGAAAACUGUUAUGAAACUUAUGGGAAUUCCAGGACUUACCAUAUACCAUCUAAAGAGUCAUCUGCAGAAGUACAGGCUCAGCAAGAAUCUUCAUGGACAAACAACUAAUGGAAACAAUAAAAUAGGUACAGUUGCUGGGGUGGCCGGAGAAAGAAUAUCUGAAACAAAUGGAACUCAUAUGAACAAUUUAAGCAUAGGACCCCAAUCAAACAAAAGCUUACACCUAAGCGAAACGAUACAGAUGCAAAUUGAAGUGCAGAGAAGACUACAUGAGCAGCUUGAGGUACAGCGACAUUUGCAGCUUCGUAUCGAGGCUCAAGGGAAAUAUUUACAGGCAGUGCUGGAGAAAGCCCAGGAGACUCUUGGAAGACAGAAUUUGGGAACAGCAGGACUCGAAGCUGCGAAAGUUCAACUCUCGGAACUGGUGUCAAAAGUAUCCACUCAAUGCCUGAAUUCUACAUUUUCAGACCUGAAAGAACUUCAGGGUUUCUGCCCUCAGCAAACACAAACAAACCAGCCCCCUGAUUGUUCAAUGGACAGCUGCCUAACUUCCUGUGAAGUAUCUCAAAAGGAACAAGAAAUACACAAUGGCGGCAUUGGAUUAAGACCUUAUCAUAGUAAUGUGACGUUAGAGCCAAAAGAGAUUGUGGAAGAGCCUAUGCUACAGCAAGCUGAACUCAAGUGGUGUGAAGAGCCAAAAGAGAACAAGUUUCUUGCUUCAAUAGGGAAGGACACAGAAAGGAGACUGUUUUCUUCAGAAAGAGGCCCCGGUGAUUUAUCAAUUAGCGUUGGACUGCAGGGAGAAAAGGCAAAUGGUGGCAGCAGCAGCAACUUCACUGAAGGAAGAUUUAAAGCAAGGAAUGAAGGUGACAACUUCCUAGACCAAGUUAACAAGAGAGCAGAAUCAAUUAAACUAGAGAAUGAAAAAAAUUUACAAGGGUAUAGAUCACUGCCAUACUUUUCGACAAAACUGGACCUGAAUACCAGAGAUCAUGAAAAUGAUGCUGCUUCAAGCUGCAAACAGCUGGACUUGAAUGGUUUCAGCUGGAGCUGAGAGAGUGUUCCGCAAAUGGAAGGAAGAAAAUGAGACAAGUUAAGAGGUUUUAAAUCUCCAUUUCCAUCAGGAAAGAAGGAAAAUCGGUUUGAAAACCGGCUGCUCUUUCCUUCAGGCCAGGUGGGUUGGCCAGAAAAAAAACAAUCAAUUCAAUCCUGAAUGAAAUAAGUUGGGCAACAAUGGUAGUUGUAAGUGAUCUACAACUAGCUAGUUGAAAUAGAUAUCUCCAACAUUAUGUAUUUUCUUAAAUCUCUGUAAGAAUUCAUGGAUCUCAAGCAUUCUGCUUUGAUCCAAGUAAAAAUC